AUGGAAGAUACGAAUGAUGGUGGCAAUGCCAAUCCAGAGAAGGCAGCAGCGGAAAAGUCAACUGCUGAAGUCAAACAGGAAUCUUCGUAUUCUAGCUUGCCUCAACCAACACCGGCGCAAACAGCCGCUUCAGCACCAUUCUUGGAAAGAGAAGGAAACGAGGAAACCUCAUCCAAUGAUCAUCUUGAAAAGCCUACGAGUUCGUCGGAAGUUCCUGAUGCUAGCAAUGAGAUCGAGAACGCCAACUCAUAUGAAACGGGCGAGAGCGAGGCCAAUGGUGUCAGCAACGACACCGAGAACGAUGCCGAUGCAGCCACAAACGAAGCAAACAACGAUGCAACUGACAUGGGUGCUGAUGCUGAAGCAGAAAGUAACAACAACAGCACCACUAGCGACAUGAACAAUGCCAACAACAUGAACCCACAGCAGCUACAAGCCAUCAAUGCGUACAACAACUUCAUGACCCAAGCGGCUGCAGCAGGGGCCGCCAAUAAUUCUCAACAGUACGGAAUGCUAAACGCUCCUGCACCUGUACCACUCGUGCCAGAUUCGUCGAAUGCACCUCUCAUUACCACUUUGCUCUUGUCCGUGGCAAAUCAACAACCAGGAUUAGUUCCUCAAGUGAGCAACCAUCAUCACCCUGCGCCACCUGCUCCAGCUGCAACCGAAACUGCAGCGGCACCUCCACCAGCGGCCAUUUCUCAGCAAUCCCAGCAAGAUCCAGGCACACAAGAACCCCAUGCCACCGCGGCGCCUGUGGGAGCGCCAGCAGUGGCCGCAGCUCCAGCGAACGCUGCUCCUACUCAAGCCCAGGCCCCAUACGCCCCGGUGCCACAUGUUGUUCCCAACAUGGGACUUCCUUUUCAUCCUGCUGCCAAUAUGCUCCCAUGGACAUUCCUAUUGCCUCAGCAAAUGGCAAUGUUUGCCCAGCAGCAAGGCCAACAGCCGCCACAAGGUCAGCCACCGCAAGGACAACCGCUGCAAGGCCAGCAACAGCAGCAAAUGCAACAGCGAUUUGCGUUUGCUCCUGGUGCCACGGGAGCUCCAGUAUUGACCAUUCCUCCAGGUUUGCAAUUGAAUCCAAUGGCAGCCAAUCACUUCAUGGCGGCCUUGCAGCAGCAGCAGCAGCAACAAGGUCAACAACCAGGCCAGCAUCAGCAACAACAGCAACAAGCGCCACUGAUGAAUCAUCAAGUCCAAUUCAUGCCCUCGGCCCUACCACAAACCGUGUUGGGCACUAGCUCUGUCUUUGCUCCGGGUUCUAGUAACGUACCUGCCGACUCCACAGGAAUGAUGCAAGCUCCGGGCAACAAUAGCAGCAAUGGAAGGACCCUUCCUUUGUACUUGGAAUAUGAUGACCGGGCCUUGACGGAAUACCAAUGCCUACUAAGACAACAGAUUGAACUCUUUGAAGCCACCGAGGAGGAUGUUCGGGGAAGUGCCCAAGGACGGCACACGCGGAUUCGAUUGGGACAGGCCGGCAUCCGAUGUCGGCAUUGUGCUCAUUUGCCCAAACCAGCUCGUGCCCGAGGAGCCGUCUACUACAGCAAAACGAUCGAUGGAAUGUACCAAGUGGCUCAAAACAUGUCCAAGCUUCACUUGAUCAAACAGUGUCACAAGGUUCCACUGCAAGUGAAGAACAAGCUGGUUCAUUUGCAAAAGAGCCACACAAGAGCUUCUGGAGGAAAGGAAUACUGGGCCGAAGGAUUGCGGGUGCUCGGAGUCAUUGAAACGGACGGAAUGCUCAAAUUUAAGUCAUCGCCCGAAAAGCAGCAACAACAUGGUCAAAUGCAAGCGGCAGUCCAACAAAGUGCCAAUCCUACCAUGCAGAUGCAACAACAAUCACAGCAACAGCUAGUCAGUGCACCUGCACCUCCUGCCGCGACCAUGCCAAUGGUUAUGGAGAAACCAAUGACGACUGAUGGUGGUGGGUAA